CAGUUGAUAAAUUUGAUAGCAAAGCAACGAGACGUUCUUCGCGUUGUUCUUAAUGUGUGUGUAAGACAGUAAAAAUUGCUUUAAUUAAAAGUCGUUAUUAGAAAAACACAAAUAAAUAUUAUUUUGUUGUACGUACGCAAUCGUCAUGGCUCAACAACAAAUGAACGACUUUGUCAACAAAAUGGGAGCUGCUAAAGGCUUGAGUUUAGGUGUCAAACUCGUCGCCGGUGUCGGCGUUAUAGCCUACGGUGUGGCAAAUUCAAUGUUCACAGUCGAAGGCGGCCAUCGUGCUAUCAUGUUCAACCGUAUCGGCGGUAUUCAACAAACCGUGUUUCCCGAAGGAUUACAUUUUCGCCUACCUUGGUUUCAGUACCCCAUCAUUUACGAUAUCAGGUCGAGACCUCGUAAAAUAUCGUCGCCGACCGGUUCCAAGGAUUUGCAAAUGGUAAAUAUUUCACUCCGCGUUUUGUCCAGACCCGACGCCAUCAAAUUACCUGAGAUGUACCAACAUUUAGGUAUCGAUUACGACGAAAAAGUUUUGCCGUCGAUUUGUAACGAAGUGCUCAAGUCGGUUGUAGCUAAAUACAACGCUUCACAACUUAUCACGCAAAGACAACAGGUAUCGCUUCUUAUAAGAAAGCAACUCGUAGAUCGCGCACGUGAUUUCAACAUCAUAUUGGACGACGUCUCAAUUACCGAAUUGAGUUUCGGCAAAGAAUACACAGCAGCUGUAGAAGCCAAACAAGUUGCCCACCAGGAAGCGCAACGAGCUGUGUUCUUCGUUGAACGGGCAAAGCAAGAAAGACAGCAGAAAAUUCUACAAGCCGAGGGUGAAGCGGAAGCGGCAAAAAUGUUGGGAGAAGCGAUUGGUCGUAAUCCGGGUUACUUGAAGUUGCGUAAAAUACGAGCGGCCCAGAGCAUUUCCAGAACGAUCGCCGGUUCUCAAAACAGAGUUUACUUGAACGGAAACGGUCUCAUGUUGAAUAUUAGCGACCCUGCAUUUGAUGAACAAAGCGAUAAGUUAAGAAGCGAAUUGUAUUACGUAGAUCCAAAUAACGUGCCGACUAUUAACAAUCGUUCCAACAGCAAUGUUCUCAGUAUUGCAACACAUAUUGUAGACAAUCGUUUAAGGUAAAACCCAACCAAAACAAUAAAAACCGAUCUAACG